GCAAGUCUGCACAAGACAUGUGGAAUAGGCUUAAACUCAAGUUUGCUGCACCAAAUAGACAAAAUAUUUUGCAACUCAAGUCUAAUUUGCAAAAUUUGAGGAAAGGAGGUGAUGAUAUUGAAACUUACAUGGAUAAGAUCAAGGCUGCCAGAGAUGCACUUGAAACAGUGGGAGUAUUUGUUGAUGAUGAGGAUAUUGUUGUUACAGUGUUGAGAGGUUUGCCCUCUGAAUAUGCUGCUAUCAAGACUGUCAUCAGGGCUCAGUUUGUUGCUUGUUCUGUUGGUGAGCUUAAGACACUACUUAAGGCUGCAGAGAUUGAUAUAGAAAGUGAAGUUCAAACAUCAUCAUCAACCUCAUCACUUACAGCAAUGAUAGCCAAGAAUACCAGUUCUGUUCCUGCAGUUGACAACACUAAUGGUGCUUCCUCCUCAAGCUUACAGUCUCAAGUUCCUACUGUGCCACCUGGUUUUGGUCCUCUAUUAACUACUCCAGCCAACAACAACAUUCAUCUGUCAUCACAGGCUCCAUAUACUUCCAUUCCAGCUAUACCAUAUGGUGGUAUUCCUCAGAUCAAUUCAUUCUCCAUGACUGAUCCUAGCCAAUCCAUGACUGGUUUUUAUGCUGGUAGACCUACUGGUCCCUUUGGCAACAACAAUGCCAGGUUCAAUAACAACACUGGAGGAUAUAGAGGAAACUCCAACUUCCAAAAUGGCAUGAAUAGAGGAAAUACAGGGUUUCAUAACACCUUCUUCAGGCCAAAUGGAGGAGGGACUGGACUCACUUGUCAACUAUGUGGCAAACCAGGUCAUGGUGCCAAAACAUGCAGAAGCCUACCCAAUUUUCAAACCUCUCAGCCAGGCAACUUGAACAUCACUGGAUGCCAAUACUGUGGUAAACCAAAUCACACUGCAGAUAGAUGUUACUACAUCUUUGGUUUUCCUGGUCAACAACAACAGUCUGCUCCACAACUUCAACCUAUGCAAACCAUGCAGACUCAACCAUCUCAACAGUUUCAAAAUGCUUCACAAGGUUUCCAGCAGCAGGGAGUAGCAAUGUUUGCUUCAUCUUCAAGUAACAAUACACCUCAAUAUUGGUUAGCUGACUCUGGUGCAACCAAUCACAUGACAAGUGAAGUGCAGCUUCUCAACAACCUUGCUCCAUAUAAUGCUACAGAUUCUGUGCAGAUUGGUGAUGGACAAAGUGCUGGGAAAGGUGUUGUACAAGGGACUGAGUAAUCAAGGCCUAUAUCCAAUACCAUUUGAUCUGCCACUGAUUCUUCAAGAACAAGAUGGUUCAAAUAGCAGUCAGUUCAAUACACAAAAUAAAUCUGCUAACCUAGGAAGAAUUGUCAAGCAUUCUUUGUGGCAUCAAAGGUUUGGACA